GAUUCAAGCAGAGAAACUCAGCUCAGAGACACUGCUGCAGUCUGAAUGCGGGAGUAUUCACCACGGAUUAUAACUUUGUGCCUAACUUUAGAUUUGACUAUGAUAAGGCAUUUUAUGAUGUUUUUCAGACUCACAGGUGUACUCUAGACUUAAUAUUUUCUCAUUUUUUUUAAAUCAUUUUUUAUAUUAGAGCUUUUAUCAAAAUAAUCUUAGGGUUGGAUACAUGGAUUGAUGAUACAUUUUGUAUUCAUUAUUCUGGAAAAUGACUAAAUCCUCAUGGAUUCAUCUUUAGGGGGAGAAUUAAAUUAUUUAAAAGAAAAAAUGCCGAGGAUACUUUACUCAAAAGCAAUGGAAUUUUGUUUGCAAGUCCAACUUUUUACAGCUGUUGUCUCUCAUAUUAAGGUUUAUGCUCAUGUGGUGCCGAACCUGAAGCAUCCAGGCCUGCAGGUGUUGGCCACAGCCUCGCAUUACUGGCCGCUUGAUGCCGUGGAUGGAAUCCAUGAACUGUGGGACCAGAUUGGAAACAGACCAGGUUAUGUUAACGGGAGUAACAUAACUCUCAGAAUCCACAACCACACUGUGCUCCCUUCUUCCCAUAACUCUUCCUAUGUGUAUACCAAUGACUCUGCCUACACUAAUAUUUCUGCAACAGUAGACAUUGUUGAGGGAAUGGUCAAUAAGGGCAUCUAUCUGGAUGGUGAUAAUGGUGGCACCUUUCUUCACUUUGGAAACUACCAAAACACCUGCAUUAGUGAUCCUACAUUGUGUGGUCCCGAGGGCAUUACCUUCUCCUUUUUUUGGAAAAACCAUGAGCCAGAGUCGCGUUUUGCUGUAGCCUCCGGGGGGAAAGUUAUCUCCAAUGGCUUCUCGGUCUAUACCAACCCGUUCCGAGGAUAUGUGGAGUUUUAUACCCGCGGGAACAACCACAGAUGGAAAGCCAACAUAAGAGUCCCAGGUCCAUACUGGACACAUAUUCUCUUUACGUGGACCAAGAAGGAUGGUCUGAAGGUCUAUAUCAAUGGGACUUUGAAUGCUAGUGACCCAGUUGGCGUUGUCACAGACAACUAUGGAGACGCAUAUCCUGACCUUGUCAUUGGAACCGGCAAUAACAGGGCCUAUGGUCACUAUGUAACUGGGGCCUUUGAUGAAUUUGUCAUCUGGGAAAGGGCCCUCUCACCUGACCAGAUCCUGCUCUACUACAAUGCAGCCAUAGGUCAGGCCAUGGUUCCUGCGACAACAUUGAAGGACUCCAAUGAAAUCACUCCAACAGCACCAACAGCACCCCCUCUGAGAGCCACUGAAGUGAGUCCUCCUGUCGUCAGCAGUCUGGAGCAGCAUGGAGAGGCCGCCGAAAGCUCCCCGGGCCUGGACACCAGGCCAGUGCUGGACUUCCACGAGGCCCUGCCCAACAAGACCAUUCCUCACAGCACCGCCAACAACCUCACACAGGCUUUUCUCAAAAGUGUGGAGGAAGUACUGUCCGCUCCAGGAUUGCCAGAGCAGCAGGCCGCCCACGUGGCCACGGGUUUGAUCGAGACAGUGGACAGAGUGAUGGAGCAUAUGGUGACUCACCUGGAGCCCAGCCCAAACGUUCCCCUCUCGCUGGGCGGAACGUCCUUCGUUGCAGAUUACUCUCUGAUGAAAUUCCCACAACAUUUCAACUUGCCACAUUAUCGUUUCCCGACACAAGGCAAGAACUACAUCUCUGUGCCCGGGGAGGCUUUCGCCAUGCAGUCUCAAACCACUAUUGUUGGCCUCUUCUACCACAACAUGCAUACGCACUACAAAGAGAUAAGCCCUCUCAAGACCAGGAUUAAUGAAGCGGCUGAUUUCAAGGACCACAAGAUACAGGUAGCAAGCUGUCUAAUCUCUCUAAAGGUGGAGCCUGCACCAGCAUUGUCCGUCAACCUCUCUGGAGCACCGCUCAUGAAAAUUGUUCUCACCCAUGUCUUGACUAAAGAACAGCAGGACCAAGUACUAAAUCAGAGCAAUAAAGUCUUCCUCUACUGUGCCUUUUUGGAUUACAGUUCUAAUGAGGGAGUAUGGUCAAAUGAAGGCUGCGUACGCACUGAAGGAAACAUGUCUUAUUCUGUGUGCUUGUGCAACCACCUCACCAACUUUGCGAUCCUUAUGCAAGUUGUACCCUUGAAGCUCACUACUGGCCACACGAUGGCACUGUCAGUCAUUGGAUAUGUGGGGUGCUCAAUUUCCAUCUUCUGCCUUGCUAUCACCCUGGUUACCUUUGCAGUUUUGUCGUCUGUUAGUACCAUCCGUAACCAACGCUACCACAUCCACGCCAACCUGUCCUUCGCCAUCCUGGUGGCUGAGAUCUUUCUGCUCAUCAGUGCCAGUUUUACCCCGGGCACGCCUGCCUGCAAGGUCAUGGCUGUCUUGCUUCACUUCUUCUUUCUGAGCGCCUUUGCCUGGAUGCUGGUGGAGGGCCUUCAUCUCUACAGUAUGGUGGUCAAGGUGUUUGGAUCUGAAGGCAGCAAACACUUCUACUACUAUGGCAUUGGCUGGGGUUCUCCAUUGGUGAUCUGUGUGGUGUCCGUGACAUCAGCCCUUGACAGCUACGGUAAUGCUGACAACUGCUGGCUAUCACUGAAUAAUGGAGCUAUUUGGGCAUUUGUGGCACCCGCCCUUUUUGUCAUUGUGGUGAAUAUUGGCAUUCUCAUAUCUGUGACCAGGAUCAUAUCUAGAAUCAGUGGGGAAAAUUACAAAGUUCAUGGAGAUGCCAAUGCUGUCAAGCUGACCAUCAAAGCGGUGGCUGUCCUCCUGCCCAUUCUAGGCAUUUCCUGGAUCUUUGGAGUUCUCGCUGUCAACACACACUCUUUGCCAUUCUUGUAUAUUUUUGCUGUAUUCAACUCAUUACAAGGGUUCUUUGUCUUCUUGUUCCACUGUCUCCUCAACUCUGAGGUCAGAGCUGCAUUCAAACACAAAACCAAGGUGUGGUCUCUUACCAGCAGUUCCAUCAGAAACAUCAAUGUGAAACAGUUCAACUCUGAUAUUAUGAAUGGAAACAAAGAGGGUGGAACUCCCACUAAGAUGAACACCUGGGACAAAAGCACCAAUUCAGCCAACCGUAUUGACCUGUCCGCCAUGUAAAAAGUCAAGUCACCAUUCGUGUCUGUGUCAGGAGAGCAAUCUGGGGCUCCCUCAUGUGGAAUGGCAAAUACUGGCCAGAGUAUUCCCUGGAAUAUGAAUUGGACACUCAAUCAACUCCCGUGAUGUCAAAAGAGGUGAUUUGUAGCUAAAAUUUCACGCUUGAAGACAAACAGACUCUUAGGACUGCAUUUUACUAUCCUCUCAUGUUGUCUUUGCAAAAAUAAAAGCUGUAGUUUCUGUGGAGAAGAUUGAUCAAGUGAGAGAGCCAGGAGAGUAAUUCACAGUCUGACAAAACACACUUGAUGUAGGUGUGUGUCUUUUGCAUAGUACACUGUAUAUAGGCUCAUUUGUUGUCUUAUUGAGUGUUUGAUGAACAUAUGAAUGCAACUUCCAUCUCUGUUUAAUGAAUAAGACAAAAGGACAUCUGCCAAUAAGAAAGCAGGCCCCCACAUGCACAUGCAACACACGCAAGAAAACCUGCAGCUUUGUGUUAGUCACUGUCAGAGACUGGCUGACAGUCUCAAACUUCUUACCUGCCUGUCAAAUAUACAAGCAAGGCCCAAAAUUAGCAGUACAUUUUAAAUACAGGGUAAAUACAGCGUUUAUGAUUUUUCGGGGCACCCUAUGAUGCUUCCACUGCGCGUUUAUCAUGAAUCGCACAAACACUGAAAACAGGGAUGUAGCCUAGCUCUGAUGAGAGAAGGCUAUCAGCUUAUUAAUGCAUACCUUUUAUCUCAUAUAAGUUAAAAAAGAAAAAUGUAUGAAAGAAAUACAAUUUGAUUUUCUCUUGUCAAGUCAAAUUUCUAUGAAAACAACAGAGAGACUGGUUGUUUCGAACAUGCUUUAUAAACAGAAAGAGAGGAGUUCACGGUUGACUCAAUGAUUGCAAGGUGCCCAUGUCCUGUGGCUGCAAAACAAGCUCAAAUCAUUACGUGUCCACUGCCAAGCUUGACUCUUGGUAUGAGGUGUUUGCGCUGAUAUACUGUGUAUGGUUUUCACCAAACAUGACACUGUGCAUUCUGACCAAACAUCCCCACUUUGGUCUUGUCUGUGCAGAAGAAUUUAUUCCAGGAGCAUUGUGGUUUGUUAAGAUGUGACUUUGUAAACCUUAUUCGUGCUGCCAUACUCUUUUUAAAGGGAAGUGACUUCUCCAUUUAACCCGUUGCAAGCAAGCCGUAGGCGUAGCCGAGGCUUUUCAUAAUCAUGCUUUUUUUGCUUGCAACUCAUCCUUCUCAACAUACAAUGAUCAAUUCAAAAUUAUUUGAAAAUGACCUUCAAACCUUGCCCAAAUUGAUGGGCAGCAAUGAUUGCUUCUCUUUAAGAUCAAUGUUGAUUUCUUUCCUGCUUGACAUUAUAUUAACACACACCUAGAUACACCAGACUAACAAACCGCCAAAAACAUCUGCUUUUAUAGAGGUGAUCACAUGUGCUGAUGACCGGUCCUUGGAACUGAAUUUCAUCAGCAGCACCCGGUUGCUCUGUACCCUUUUAAUUCCUAUGGAAGCAGUAAGGGUGUACUUUGUUUUUCAUAUACUGCUUCUACAUUUUGAAUUAUGCCCUCAUACUUUAAACCUUAGAAUUAGAAAAGGUCUACUUUGUUUUUGUAUGUCUGUAUAACGUAAUUAUAACGGGCCUCAAAUCGAAUCUGUGACGAAUCAUAUUCUCGCAUGUAUAGCCAGGCUUAUUGUUUCUCUUCCUUUGCUAAUUAUGUCCUGAAUUUAUUUGCUUGGCCUGCAAGACACAAUAAUGAUAUUGAUCUUUUCAACUCACUCCAUUUACCACAGCUGAAAAAUUACAUAUGUUUUAAAUUAUGUGCAGAACAUAAACAUAAACCCGGGAACCUUUUCCCAGGUUUUGGUACAAGUUCAUAACCUUGAACAGAAAAGGACUAAGGGGAAAUAUUUUCCUUGAAUAUAGUAUUAUCUUUGUGCUUUAACACUACUUCAUCACCUGCAGUUACAGUAAUAGAAUUCAUCAUCACAAAGGAUAAUGUGAGAUCUCACUUGGAAGAAGUUGUUCAAUAUUCACCUGAUUCACACAGCUUUAAAUGGAGCAGUAAUGCAGACAAUGACAGCGUUAUAUUAUAAAUCCAUCCAUUUGACUCUGACAUAAUGUAUUUAUUAUUUUUUUUAUUCUAAGUAUGUCACCGUCACAGUUAAAUACAAUCUGUUUUGCUCACAUGUUCAGAGUUUGUUUUUCUAUUUUACCUCUUGAAAUGAAUUAGCUGGCAUCAUUGCAGUACCUCACAUCUAUUUAAGCUGUCAAAUGUUAGACCGUGCUUUUUAAUGGAUAGUGAAUACUGUUUGUGUAUUCAACACAAUUCUGUGAAAUGUAUCGGCGUCUGUCUUUUUUCUAAUAUCUUGUACAUUUUCUGUGGAUAUUUCUGUACAAUAUAAUAUGAAAUACGUUCAACAAGAGAGGGACUAAGGCUGUUGCAGUUUUUCUUUCUUGUGAUAUGUUUAAAUUGUCAUUGAACUUACACUGUGCCAACAUUUAGAUUUACUGUAAGUCAUCCUGCACUCACUUUUUUAUGUCUGAUAUCACAUGAAAUACUUUAAUAUUCCUAAGUUUGUAUAUGGCCUUCAUUGAUUGUUGUCUUAUGGUACUAGUUUGUUUAUGCUCCAAAUUCUGACAAUAUAUUAAAGACUGUUUAUU